GGAAGUCUGGGUUCGAUUUCAUUGAAAUUCUCCCAGUUGUGUUUUGGUUGUAACAUUUUCUGAAAAUUAUAGGCCUUAAAUUCUUCUAAAUGCAAUCUGCAGCGAGUCCCGAAUGUAUUCCCACGCUAGAGUUCCCAGAAAUACCAAACAAAGACGAACUCGUGGACUGGACAUAUUCCAAGAGACGAGAAAUGCAGGAAAUUGUACCAGGGGUUUUCCUCGGACCAUACUCAGCAGCAAUGAAUAGUAAACUAGAUGUUUUAAAGCAAGUAGGAAUAUCUCACAUUGUCUGUAUAAGACAAAAUAUUGAAGCCAACUUUGUCCGUCCUAACUUCCCUCAACACUUUAACUAUUUGGUCUUAGAUGUAGCAGAUUCACCCACAGAAAACAUAAUUACCCAUUUUUCAAAGGUGAAAACCUUUGUUGACAGCUGUUUAAGCAAUGGAGGAAAGGUUCUUGUACAUGGAAAUGCUGGAAUCUCAAGAAGUGCUGCUUUAAUGAUUGCUUUUAUAAUGGAAACUUAUGGAUUAACAUAUAGGGAAGCAUUUCAUUAUGUUCAACAAAGAAGGUUUUGUAUCAACCCAAAUGAAGGUUUUGUUCAACAACUUAUGGAGUACGAACCAAUUUAUUUAGCAAACUAUCAAGCAAGAACAUCUGGAGAAAGAUUAAAUCAAGGAGGAGUGAAGCGAGCACAUGAAGAUGAAUCAAAAGAUGAUAUGAUGGACACUUGAUGGCUGGUAUCAUGGUAGUAGUGUUAUUUCAGUAUACGUGCGUGGUAGUUACAGGAUGUAAUGGUUCGUUCAGUAGCGUAACACCAGCAAAAUAAUGCUGAGCAACUUAGGUUAGAUACUUACCAGAGAAUGGGUGAUACAGGCCGCUAAAUUAAAUCUUUACCACAUGGUUUUUGGGAGUUGCAAAACUGAAAAGCCUAAAGCAAGUGGAUUACAUAGAAUAGAAUGAUCUAUAUUGGUUGCGUGGAAGGCUGAGGAGACUAGAUAUUGGCCAAGGGUACGUUCUGUGUGUUUAUGGACUGAGAUUGUUAAGGUCCGUGAUCACACAAUGAGAGCACUACUCAGCCAUCUUGAUGAGACAAGCUUGCUCAAAAAAGUGUUAAGUAUUUAUGGCAUAUUAAAUGACCUCAAUUUUCUUGUGGGAUACAACUGCCAAUAUCAAGAAAGCACAUGUCUUGAAUCUCAUUUCUUCAGAUUUUAGUUAUUUAUUUACAUUGUAUUUUUGAUUAAAGAGGCUGUACAGUAUCUCAGUUGAUUUAUAAGUAGCCCACUCAAAAUGCAAUGUGAUUGGAAUAUGUAUAAAGAAGGACAAUUUUAAAACACUUAAGAAAUUCUGUUAGUAGUUUAAGUAACAGGUGUACAAAAUCAAUUGUGUCCAAGAAGCUGCUAGUUGUAAACCUGUGUGGCCCUGCACACGUCAGCUCAUGGUGUUGUUUCUCUCAGGGGUAGGGGGGGAGGUGGGUACAGGGGAGGGUGGACUCUCAGUGAAAAGGCCAGGGAUGCUCAUGACUAAAUUUGAAUGAAUCAUUAAGGGAGACCAAUCUGGAUAUGGCUCGAGCUUUAUUUGACCUCCAAAAGAUACCACUUCAAAUGGACACAACUACGUUUUUUUAUUAUUUCUCUAGGCCGACCCUAAAAGAAACUUUGACGUCUGAAAAUAAUCAUAUGGUAUUUCGUCCGGAACACCUCAAGUGAGACCAAAAUCUUCAAUUUGUGCCCUUAAGCAAGACGACGAGCAUCUCCGACCUUUUCACAUGGGAGUACCCCCCCCCCCGGAUUAAAUCAAUAGAGCUGUAUGAUAGUAUAAUAAAUUAAAUUAUGCAAAUCAUGGUUUUCCAUUCGCCACUAAGUUUUUUCCAAUCUAGGCUGAUUUCUUCCACCAUAGGUAAAAUUAUUACAAAAUGAAGGAGGUUUGUUGUAAUAUGCUAGCACGUGAUAUGUGUUUGUCAUGUGCUACAAGUCUUAAUUUGUUGAAAAUGGCAACUUUGGGAAAAUAGUAUCAAUGAUGCUUUGUAUGACUGUAAAAACUAUUUCUUAACGAGUAAAAUUUGGUAAAAGUGUCGUAUAAUUUCUGUGCAAAAAAAAAGCAUUUCUUAACAAAUAAAAUUUUGUAAAGCCGUUUA